UCUUUUUGCUCUUUUGCAGAAAGCGCACCAGAGGAAUUCUACAAGCGGUUUCCUGCCGUAGACAUGCCACCACCAGGCACGCUGUCCUUCCCACCCAUGGGGCUGCAUCAGAAAGACACAACUACCCUGCAGGAUGGCUACCCCCUGGUCGGCUUGGCCACACCUGGGCAGAAGGCAAAAGUGGUGAAAACCAACGCGCACACCCUGGCAGCCAGCCCUGGCUUCAAGGGAGGCUGGGACCCUAGCCACCACCAUCACCACCCUGACAUCCGCCGACAGGUCUAUGCCACCAAGCGCCAGUUCAGUAUUGAGAAGCUGCCUGAGGUCUUCAGCCAGACGCCGUCCCACUAUGUCCCUCCCCAGCGGCACUUCUCCACCAAUAGCAAGACUGAGGUCACCGUCUAAAAAGGACCUUCA